GGGAAACUGUGUUUCUUUUUUCAAUCAACUUUAUUAGUGCUAUGUUUUUCAGUAAACUUUAUUACUGUCAAAAAUUAAAGACAAGCAACCGCGGGUUAUCUGUAGUUUUGCGGCAGGCUGGUCUCUAGGUGAGAGCCGUCCGUUUCUGAAAACCAGACACCAAGAAAUAAGCCCCUUCUGAUCCACUGCACAAAGAGUUUCCAAGGCCAAGGUACAGAAUCAGCACACAAAGUAACCAUCUCUGCUUAAUAAACUCGACAUUCGGGCUAACCAAACAUUCAGGCUAACCUUGCCAAAUGGCAAGCAUACCCCAUCAUGAAACUGAGCCUUGGUAUGCAGGGCGGGUUUAUGCCAGGUACUGGAAGCAUUACAGCCAGGCAAUGUAUUGGUUGUACAGGCACAAAAGAGCAUACAGUGUGGCUAUGGCAUCUCUCUCAUAUCCCUCUUGGUAUCCAGCUGGAAAUGUUCAGAACAGGCGAUAUUCUGACUGGGAAGGUGGUAAAUCAUCUCAGUCUGACAUCUACUUAAGGCCACACCGCCAGGUCAUACAUCCUCAAAGGACACGUCCAUGUUUAAAAGUAUCAGAGUCCAAAGAAAUAGAGUCUGAAAUGGAGUGCGAUAAAGAAGUUACAUCUGAUUCUGAGGAAGAAGGCAUUGAAUGUGACACCACCAACAUGGAAAUCACAGAGGAGUUGCGACAGUACUUUGCAGAGACUGAAAGGCACAGAGAGGAGUUAAGAAAGCAACAGCAGCUUGAGGCGGAGAAUCAUGAACAGUAUAUAGCUGCAGAUCAUGACCUGCAUGUAGCAACAAGGACGUCAAAAGAGCCACCCUCAGAAAGACCUGGAGAAAGGCGCAGAGCAGAAAUGAAGAAACUGUAUGGUGAAGAUGCCCCAAAAAUCCUAGGGAUGGAGACAGCCAUGCAGCUUAACUUUGAUAGACACUGUGACAAAAAGCAACCCAAGUACUGGCCCAUCAUCCCACUAAAGUUAUGAGUUAUUUACUGGAAUAUGAACUCCUGUACAAUGUAAUGAUCAUGUAAAUCACCACAGCUGUGUCAGCUAGUGAGAUAAAUGAUGUUUAUGUAACUUAUUUGAGGUUUUUUUUGAAGAUAUAAACAUAUAUAGCCACUGUAGGAUUCUUAUGUCAAUAAACGGAGACUGGAAAAUUGA